AUGGUUCCGUCUCUGGACUAUUUCCCCGAAGAGUUACUACAUCAUAUUCUUUGCUACUGCCCACCCCGUUCCGCUGCCGCAUUAGAACAGACAGCUCGCCGAUUUCGCGGGGUAACAACAAACCCUUUAUUAUGGCGAUAUUAUUGUCUGAGCCGUUUUAAGCACUGGUCCCGGCAACAUGAGUUACCAGCGAAGCUUGCAAGCCCUAUUCCUGCGGUAGAUUGGAAAUCGCUUUACAUACUAAAGCAUUCAAAAUACCGCGCAACCUGUCGUCUUCUGGACAGCAUCCUUGCAAAUCAAACGGGAAGAAUCGAGAAGAUUCGAAAAAUUAUAGGGCUUGGUUAUGAUGCCAAAGAUGCCCUUCUACAUAAUCUUGAGAUUCAAUCCAGUGUAGAAGAUUACUUGGCAAGGAGAUAUUAUGCCGAGGCGCUCCUCACUUGCCUUCAUCGAGGUCUCGCUGUACAAGAAUGGGCUAAACUGAGAAAUGGCGAGGAGGUGUCUCUAUACAGGGCCUUAGGUGCAUUCGACCUUUUUAGACCCGAGAUCGAUUUUGGCAGUUUGGAAGAGAUCAGCGAUAGACUGGACUCGAUUGCCUCACUACUUCCUAUCAGCUGUCCAGACAUCCACCAGCUCACGUCUCGUAAUAAAGCCAGGGCAGUGGCGAAGUUCCUGAGGGCAAAUAAUCUCACCGGAAUUGGUGAAGAAAAAGAGUACCAUUGCUUGGAGCACAACUUUCUUGGUGUUGCUUUGAAUGACCCUCGGCACAAUUCACUUCCUCUGAUUUCGGCAACUAUUUAUUGCUACGUUGCUGAACGGUUCGGCCUGAACGCCCGGCCAUGCGGCUUCCCUUUCCAUGUCCAUGUGAUUAUCCUGCCGCCCAUCGGCUAUGAUAUGGACGAUAAUGUAAUUGAAGACGGGACACGCGGCAGCCCAAUUUAUAUGGAUCCGUUCCGCUCAGAGAAGGAAACGCCAAUCACGGAUCUAGAGUAUCAACUAAACUUCUUAGGUGUCACUGCGGUCGAGCGAGCGAACUUCUUGGCCGAAUCCCACCCUUCAGAAGUCGUCCUUCGGUGCAGCAAAAACAUUCUGAACUCGGUCCAACGUAUGUCUCGGUUUCCAGAUAUGCGCCUAACACCAGUGGAUGUCGUUUGUGCGAAGUAUGCUGCAAUUUGGUCCUCUUUGUUGCUUUCGGAUCUUGCUCGGCCUACUGACGUCAGACAUAAUCUGCUAUGGCUAAUGGAGCUUUUUGCUACGGAGUUCCCAUCCGACAUCCACUUGAUUGAACAGUACGUGGCGCCUCUGCUUCAUGGAAUGCCCGAGUAUGAGCACAUUCUGGAAAGUCUCCAUGUGAUGCGAGCGGCGGACGAAAUACCUAAACAGGUUAAGAGGCGCUCUUCUCAGCGGAGGGAAGUAAAAUACCGCGUUGGGCAGGUAUUUAGACAUCGCCGGUAUGAUUACCGAGCCAUCAUAACAGGUUGGGACACGGAGUGCGGCGCGGGUGAGCAAUGGAUGAGAAGGAUGGGAAUAGAUCGCUUGCAAGGUGGUAGGCACCAGAGCUUCUAUCAUGUGCUAGUUGAGGAUAAAAGUGUUCGUUAUGUGGCCGAGGAGAAUAUUGAGCUAAUGAGUCCCGAGGUCUCAGAAUUGCCCUCAACACUCGUGGCAGUGGCGGGAAAGCAUUUCAAAAGAUGGGAUUGGGAAACGAGGACAUUUGUUAGUAAUAUCAGGGAUGAAUAUCCUGAAGACUGA